AUUUUAAGACAUUUAUGGCUAAUGCUAAUUACAGUUUAAAGUCAUUUAUGUGUAUAUUUAGUUGGUUGUUUUUAACUUUUGUCUUCCAUAUAGGUUAAUUUCUCCAUUUUUGUUUCUUCUGCAGCCUUUCCCAACAGAAGAUGGAGAGGAAAGCUCGGGCAUGAAGAGACAACCUUUCAGUGAUGAUGAGUUCAGUUCACCCCCAAACAAGAUGGUGAGAGUGGAGGAACCAAAGAAAGUCCUGCUGUAUGUGCGCAAGGAGACAGAGGAGGUGUUUGAUGCCCUCAUGCUGAAGAAUCCCACGCUGAAAGGCCUGGUGGAAGCUAUUGCAGAGAAGUACGAAUUACCUUUGGAUAAGGUUGAAAAGGUCUAUAAGAAGUGCAAGAAAGGGAUUCUAGUCCACAUGGAUGACAACAUCAUCAAACACUAUUCCAACGAAGACACCUUCCAGAUCACCAUGGAAGAGUUGGGUGGCAUGUACAAACUCACCCUCACUGAAAUCUGAUUGGACAGGAGGAAGUGACAUCACCCAGAACUGAAGGGUGGAGGACGAAUAAAACGGAGCCAUCAGGAGUAGUGGUUUACACGUCUAAUGAUUAUGGACUUGAUCUGAAACUUACAUCACGUUGUCUUUGUGCUGUAUUAACAUCAAAUAGAUUUUAAAAGACCACAAGAGGUAUUUAAAAGCCAUGGCUCUUAAAAGACAGUAAUGUUGACAUAGACAUGUAAGUUAUACAUUUUGAUUCAUUUAAAAACCUUUCUGUGCAUAGGAAGUGAGGACAGGUUUGAUUGUUAUGACUCCUUUGUUUUGUAUUCAGUAAGUUGCAUUUGUGUGCUGAGCAUUUGUGGAGCUGCUAUACCUCAUGCUAUGCAAGCAGCAGUGUUUCUCAUUUGCUUGAAUGAGUAGAAACGGCUCAUCUGUCCCUUCCUAAGGCCAUAGCACUGAUGAUUACAAUCUGUAAAGUUGAGUUAUUUAGCGCACAAAAUGAAGAAAGCAAAUUGUUGAUGGAGCCCCUGUGGUUCAGUGUUUAAUACUAAACAACAUGGCAGUAUUUAGUGUGUAAAAUCUUCUACAACCAUCCUCCAGUUAGCAUAGAAUAUUGUAAAUGUUGUAAUUUUUAGCAUACGAAACAUGUUGUAUGUGAGUGAAAUGGCUUAAAAGAUGUUUCUCAGAUCAAUUUAAAUAAUUCGCCUUUUUCUAAGUAUUAAAUAGUUACUGAAUAUAUUGAUAACAAUGCUUAAACACAGCGACCCUUCCCCUGUAGAGUAGUUUUCUGAAUGUUGAUAAAAUAGGUCAAUGAAUGUCUAGCACAGUCCACACAGGCUGUUGUGGAAGUGCAAUAUGAUAUUCAGGUUCAGACACAUUCAGAAAAAAAAAAAGUCCUCUUUUGCCAUAACAACAGUUAGCAUAUCAACUGAUAAAACAGAUUUUUAAAAUGAAAAUGUUGUAUAUAUCCACUGAAAAAAAAUAUCUAUAUGAUUCCUCCUUUUGUAUCUCAGUACUUAUUGUGUCUAUAUUUAUUAAGAGAACGGAUGUGGGUCAUUGUUUUUUUUUACCAUAUAUAUCCAAAUUUCUAUUAUUCCUAAUAAUAUAAUGUUUUUCCUUUUUAUAUGAAGUUAUUCUAACAACACAUGUCAAAGGACAAAAAGUCAUUAACAUGUUUUUAAUUGAUGUUUUUUUUUGUAAAGUAUUUGAUGCACAAAGUGCCCAAUAAAUACUCUCCGGUAGCUGCUG